UGGAGCAGGUCCUCACCCCACUGUCCCGGAGCUUCUUCGGACACGCCGGCUAGCGAACCGUCCCCGCAGCCGUCUUUCUUCCUCAGCAGCUCUUUCCUCGCUGAGUUUUCUGGGAGCAUAAAAGGAGAAGGCCCGGGGACGCCCCAAACCCCUUUAGCUCGUGCCCAUUGCAAAUGCCAGUACCGCCAUGGGCUUCACCAUCUCCUCCCUCUUCUCCCGCCUCUUCGGCAAGAAGCAGAUGCGCAUUUUGAUGGUUGGAUUGGAUGCUGCUGGCAAGACGACCAUUCUGUAUAAACUGAAGUUAGGGGAGAUAGUCACCGCCAUUCCUACCAUUGGUUUUAAUGUGGAAACAGUAGAAUAUAAGAACAUUUGUUUCACAGUAUGGGAUGUUGGUGGUCAAGAUAAAAUUAGGCCUCUCUGGAGGCAUUCCUUUCAAAAUACCCAGGGUCUUACUUUUGUGGUAGAUAGCAAUGAUCGUGAAAGAAUUCAGGAAGGAGCAGAAGAGCUGCAGAAAAUGCUUCAGGAAGAUGAGUUGCGAGAUGCAGUGUUGCUGCUUUUUGCAAACAAACAGGACUUGCCGAAUGCUAUGGCCAUUAGUAAAAUGACGGAUAAAUUAGGUCUUCAGUCCCUUCGUAACAGAACAUGGUAA